UCAUCCACUCAUUUAUAAUGAAGUGAAAGCGAAUUAUGCGGUAUAAGCACCGCUCAUCCUGCGAAAUGAAACAUAUUCUUCUCUUCGUAUACAAUAACAAUACAUUCCCAGAUGUUCAUCCCUUUCUCUGGCUCAAUGGUAAAAACCCAUGGUGCCCCCACACAAUUUGAUUCUGUUUCUCCAUUCAUUAGCCAUUUCCAUCAUGUAUUUAUACAUACAAGAUUAUCGUAAAAAUUAGGAAUCAUGGGAAGGAAGAACAGAGGAAUGAGCAAAAGAAGGUCAUCCAGAAUCGAUAGUUAUCCCUGCAUCUCUUCCUCCAUUGCAGACCCAUCUUGCUUUUCAUGCACUACUUUUAAUAUCCUCGCUCCUAUUUACAAACGACUUAUUCAUGAGGAUCGGAAUUGCAGGGAAAGUGAAAUCAAAGCGUAUUGGUUGGAUAGGAAUGAAAGAAUCUUAGAUUUGCUGUUGCGUGAACGAUCAUCGAUCAUCUGUCUCCAGGAAUUCUGGGUUAACAACGAAGAACUUGUAAACAUGUACGAUACAAGGCUUGGGGAUGCAGGUUACACCAUUUUCAAGCUUCCACGCACCAAUAAUCGUGGCGAUGGCUUAUUCACUGCUGUUCAUAAUGAUUACUUUCAUGUUAUCAACCAUAAAGAGUUCCUGUUCAAUGAUUUUGGUGAUCGUGUUGCUCAACUUUUGCAUGUUGAAGUAAAGAAUGUUGGUCGUGAAAUUCUUAUAGUCAACACUCACUUGUUAUUUCCACAUGAUUCAAGCAUGUGUUUAGAAAGAUUGCGACAGGUGUACAAAAUUUUGCAAUAUGUAGAUGCUUAUUUGAAAGAGAACAAUCUUAACCCUUUGCCCAUCAUUCUUUGCGGUGAUUGGAAUGGAAGCAAACGAGGUCAUGUUUACAAGUUUUUAAGAUCACAAGGAUUUGUAUCAUCAUAUGAUAUUGCUCAUCAUUAUACCGAUGCUGAUGCACAUAAGUGGGUUAGCCAUAGAAAUCAUCGUGGAAACAUAUGUGGUGUGGAUUUCAUAUGGCUUCUUAAUCCAAAUAAAUAUCGAGAAAUACUCAAAACAAGUUGGAGUGAUGCAGUUUUCGGUUUGUUCAAGUAUCAAGUGAGUCGAGCCUCACUUACACGUGAAGAUGCAUUUGAAUUUUUGAAGGCAGUGAGCAAUGGUGAUUCGAUUACCUACUCUGGAUUUUGCGAAGCAUUGCGACAGCUUAAUCUUAUUGGUCAUAUGUACGGGCUAAGCGAGGAGGAAACAAAAGAUUUAUGGGUUCAAGCAGACAUAGAUGGAAAUGGUGUUCUUGAUCAUAAAGAGUUUCAAGAAAGAAUAUGGAAUCCUAUGUGGAGUUACCAUGUUGAAAACACGAUUAAGGAUCAAGAUGAGAUUUUGAAUGGAACCCAAUUAAGUUUGGGAUUAGGUGUGACAGAUGCAGCAUUAUUCCCAUCGGAAACAGAAAACGGAUUGUGGCCAGAAGAUUAUUCGCUAUCGGAUCAUGCAAGACUCACUGUUGUAUUUUCACCGAUUAGGCUGAUUUCUUGAUUUGUGGAGAGAAACAAACAAUGGAUCAAAACGACACCGCAUGAGGAUUUAAAGCACAUGUCUUUGAGAGUGGGAAAACUAGAGAAACUUGUUGAAAAAUGGAAUCUAGUAUAUACUUUCUCACUAGUAUAUACUUUCUCACUGCUUUUGAUUGUUGUGUCAGCGUAUGCGAAUGCGUAUGCGUAUUGUAUCAAUAUCUGUAUAUGUAUUUGUAGUAGUACUUGUACAGAAAUUUAUAUCAACACUAAAUGAUCAAUUUUGAAGAUACAAUCGUUAAAUUUA